AGGCAAUUUUCGCAAACUCAUUGGGGAAUUAGAAUCUGCGGUUCGUGUGCAAAAUCGAGAAGUUACUAUAGUAACAGUUGGAUGACCGCUGAGGCCCUAAAAUCUAGAACGGGUUUUGGCCAAAUCUAUGUUCGUUCUCAAUUGACAACCCAAGUGAAUCAGCAGCCAAUCAGAGAGCUCGUAUAGCUGGCCCGGGAACUUUAUUCGUCUAAAAUUUCUAUCGCAGACAAUAACAACACUGAGCUGAGACUAACAUUUUGAGAUUAAAACAUGAAUUUCAAAGCAAGUGGAUCUUCGGAGGUUGGCGAGGUGGUGCCUACCGUGCCAGUGAAAGCAGCAAAGGCAAAGCCCUCAAAAUCUGUGAAUCGCAUGUCCUGGGACAACAAUAGUGUUAACGCACUAAUAGGGGAGGUGACCCUAGCCAACCCCUUCCAGUUUCGUUAUAAAACGAGCGAUCGGGCCAGAGCAUGGCAACAGGUGGCAGAGGGGAUGGUCAAAAAGGGAUACAAGGUCGACUGCAGGGCGGUGAGGGAUAGGAUCCACGUGUUAAAGGACAAGGUUAAGGCCAAGAACAAUGUAGAGAGGGCAGCAAGUGGCAUUGCAGUAGAGGAGACAGAGGAGGAGCUGGGCAUUCGAGAGGCCGUUGAAAGGAUGAUGCAAGAGGAAGAGGAUAUAGAGUUGGCUCCAAAGGAGAGAGGGGACGAACAGAAGAAGAAGGCGGAAGGAGAAGAGCUGAGGAAGAGGGCCUGCGAGACAAUGGGAGAAACAAGGAAGAGACACCAAGACGAAGCCGGCACCAGUACCACUCCAAAAAGGCAGCGCAACAAAGGGCGAGAUACUCUUGCUUUUCUAGACAGAAAGAUGGAGUUGGAGCAGGAGAUGAAGAGGGAGGAUUUGGAGAAGAGAAGAGAGGAACAGGAGAGACAGCGAGCUGAAGAGAUGGAGAGGAGACGAGAGGAAGAAGAGAGACGGGGAGCUGAAGAAGCAAUCCGAGAGCGUCGCUUUGAGCUUAUGCAGCAACAGAUGCUGCAGCAACAGCAACAAGCUCUUCAGCAACAACAACAACAGCAACAGCAUAAUCAACAAAUGCAAACGAUGAUGAUGGCCCUCAUUAAAUCUUUAGAAAAGAAUUUCAAUGUACUUGGUGCUAUCACAUCCUUUCAAUGGCCUCUCGAAUGCCCAGCUCCUCCUCUGUCUCCUCUACUGCAAUGCCACUUGCUGCCUUCUCUGCAUUGUUCUUGGCCUUAACCUGGUCCUUUAAAAUGUGGAUCCUGUCCCUCACCGCUCUGCAGUCCACCUUGUAUCCCUUCCUUAUCAUCCCCUCUGCCACCUGUUGCCAUGCUCUGGCCCGAUCGCUCGUCUUAUAUCUGAAUUGGAAGGGGUUGGCUAGGACCAUCUCCCCUAUUAAUGUGUUGAUGCUAUUGUUGUCCCAGGACAUGCUGCAGUAGAAGAAAUGAAA